UCGACAACUCCUCUUCUUCUUCCUUUCCUGCUGUUAAUCCCGCUGUUUCUCGCUCUUUCUGCUUAACAGCUGUUGCUCGUCGUACGCAACGUGAAAUCUCCGUGAAAAAGUGUUAUAAGGAAGUACUUUCGAAUUCUAUUAUUCAUAAUUAUCUUUUUUAUAAGUAACGAGCCGAAGAGGACAAAGGAAAAUUAAGAGGAGAAGAUAUUCGUUACGACACGGGAAGGUCAGAAUGAUUUCAUUGACGAAGAGGAUCGUUUUCACUGUGCUCGCUGAAGUGUGCUUUGCCCAGCAGGACUAUACGCUACGAACUACAAAUGAAAUCAUCGUUGAGAAUCAUACAUUUUCUGGAACGGUAUACGAAGCUACCGGCAAUACAGAAGCCUACAACAACAUCGUUAAUGCAAUAAUUGAUAAUGGUACAUUUAACAUUAAUGGAAAUUAUCCCAUUAACGACGGGAUCGACCCUAUUGACUGGCUAGCUAUAGUAAUAGGCGGAGUUCCAGGAGUAGAAUAUCCAAUCCUUGCGACCGUUCCAAAAACUGGAUUCACUUGCAAGGAUCGAGUUGCUGGAUAUUACGCUGACGUGGAUCCAGAAGCCCGUUGCCAGGUCUUCCACAUCUGUCAACACGACCAAAGGAAAGAUUCUUUCCUGUGUCCCAACGGCACAAUCUUCAACCAGGAACACUUGGUGUGUGACUGGUGGUACAAUUUCGACUGUUCAACUGCAGACCAGUUCUUUUCGGUGAAUCUCGCUUUAGGCCAGUCUUUUCCAGCCAGUCCGAAAGAAGAGGAUUACACUGAGGCGGUUACCAUUGUCAAUGGUCCAUAAAAUGGAAAAACUUAUGUUUUCAUUGAUGGCUGAACAACUUUAAACUGGAACUGGUUAUAGAAUUUCUAAUGGGAAUGGUAUAUUGAGCGAUGAUGGUAUUGAAAAUGAAUGUCAUAAUAGCAAUGGUAUGGUAAUGACAGUACCUCCGUCAGUUGUAGCGAUGCGGUACUUGAGUGUUCCAGCGGAUGUGGCAACGUUACUGGAAGCAAGCAUUGUUGAUGCUGGAAAUUGAUUUUCCAGUAAAGACAACAGUAUAAUUGAGGAUCUGGAUAUCACAAUGCAAACGACAACACUCACUUUGUAAUAAGACACAACGAAAUCAAGUUUCCUGUCAAUGGGAAUUUAGAGAAAAGGAAGAGAUGAAAAACUUAAUUUUUAAGAAAUAUUGAUGAUACGGGAAUCGCCAGAAUAGAAUUUUACCGUGAUUAGAUGACUUUAUUCAAUGGCGAUAGACUUCGAAACGGCAGUGUUGAUGACGUUUGAUUUAUGAUUAUGUCAAUCAAAGAAAUCUUUAUACUCGAUGUGGAGGAACUGUUGAUAUAGAAAUGAUAAACAAACGGUCUUAUAAUCAGUCAACAGCACCUCUAAUAAAUGCAGAUAGAAAUACUUUAAAGAAAAGCUUAGCCGUGAUACUGAUCAACAGAUGGCAAGACAUUCUUUAAAAGAGAGAGAGAGAGAGAGAGAGAGAGAGAGAGAGAGAGAGAGAGAGAGAGAGAGAGAGAGAGAGAGAGAGAGAGGAUAUCAAGUGUUUGGAGUAAAAAGUUGAUUUCUUCAUAAUAAUUCUACUUUGAUCACGUGUGAAAUCAACGGUAUUCUUGUCUCUUCGGAAAACUGAAAAUACUGUGUGCAUUACUAAUAAUAAUAAUAAUAAUAAUAAAAAUAAUAAUAAUAAUAAUAAUAAUAAUGAUAAUAAUAAU